CCUCACCAUAGAGCUCUUACAGAGAACUGAACACUGCACAAGGGACCCAGGGGAAGGGCCAGGAAAAUGCCCUUGUAUACCAACAGGAUGUCACGGUAGGUUACACUUGGGGCACAGAUGGAGAGAGAGAGAAGAGCUGCAUAGGAAGAAGAUGGACCUCAGAGGACCGCAAAGAUAAAACUGCAGUUUUGAAUGACUUCACCUGGCUCACAGAACAUUGUGGAAAUGCAGAAAGCUGAAUUAUUGAGACAAAAACAGCACAACCAGUGAGGACAAUAUCUCCUCUGUCUGUCUCGGCUUGGCAACGCUGCUCUGCCUCCGGGUCCACGGGUUUAUCUGUGUAUAGCAACAAGCCAUCACUGGAACAGUUUCUCAUGUCGUCUCUGACACAAUGCUCCUGAUGCUGGCCAGGAUAAUGCUGCUGAUGAUGAUGAUAAUAUCUAACACUAGCCGGUCACAUAUCUGACAAUCCUGCAGCACGGACACAUAUUCCUUGUGUGUUGAGGCAGCAGCAGCAGAGACAGAAGGAGCUGGUCAGUGUGGAAUCGGUGCCAAUGGCCCUAUUUAUCUGGAAGUGUACCGUCUGGACACCUGCUGUGACCAUGGCUUUGUAGUCCUCGUGUGACCUUGUUGGGGUGGCAGGGAGCUUAACAAAUAGACUGCUGUGAUUUGCCCUCCAGAGGAGAGCGUUAAACAGGUGAAGCUGAACACUGCUCUCAUUAGUUACAGAUGCAGUCACCUGCCACUCACCAGAGACUGAUGCCAGAAAGUUUCCGCAGCUAUUUCUGCCCGCACUCCGGAGACACUUGAGGAAUGGCUCAGACUCUGUGACUGGAUGUAAGCUCAGUGGAAUUUACUGUACUGCUGGGGACCAUGCAGAUAACAGGAGGAAUCCAGCCUCAUCUUCAGCCUGGGGGACUGUAGUUUUGUUCUGAAAGUGUUUCUCUUUUUUUAUUUGUUCAACCAUCUGUCAAGUCGAGUGAGCACAUCAUGGCCAACAUGGCAGUUCAACUCCUUGGCUUCUUCUUGGGGCUGCUGGGGUUUGUGGGAACUGUAGUUGCAACUCUGCUCCCCCACUGGCGCAGCACAGCCUACGUGGGCUCCAACAUCAUCACAGCCACUUCCUACAUGAAAGGCCUGUGGAUGGAGUGCGUGUGGCACAGUACUGGCAUUUACCAGUGCGAAGUGUACAGAUCUCUACUGGCGCUGCCACGUGACCUGCAGGCUGCCCGGGCGCUCAUGGUGCUCUCCUGCAUCACCUCAGUCCUGGCAUCUCUGGUGUCUGUAAUGGGGAUGAAGUGCACCCGCUUCGCUCGUGGCUCCUUAAUCAAGUCUCCUUUGGUGCUAAGUGGAGGGAUCUGUUUCCUCUGUGCCGGCCUGCUCUGCCUGGUCACCGUGUCCUGGACCACCAAUGAUGUUAUCAUGGAUUUCUACGACCCCUUCCUGCCCAGCGGGUUCAAGUACGAGAUCGGCCUAGCUGUGUACCUGGGUUACGCCUCUGCCUUCCUCAGUCUGACCGGAGGACUGGUGCUAUGCUGGAGCAGCAGUGGCAGCAGGUCACAGAGGCCCCUCCAUGUGCAGAGGAGUCGACCACUAUCACCUCCCCCUGCCUUCAACCACAUAUAUCCUCCUGCUCCACCCUACAAGCCCCACGAGGCCCUGAAGGACAAUCACGCACCCUCACUUUGCUCCCUUUCCAGCAGCGGCUACAGGCUCAAUAACUAUGUCUAAGACUCGGGGAAAUAAUAAUACAAUAACUGAAAAUCCAUGGGGACUUUUAUGAACAAAAAAGACUUCUCCAACUUAUUUUAAACAUCUUAACAAGUACUUUAGUUUUCCUUAUACGUAAUACAAGUUUUAAAAAAAUGGAAAAGGAGAGACCAGCAUGUUGCUUCGCCAUGUUUGACCGCAAAUCUGAUUCUGAAAGGAUGUCGCAGUUUAACAAGCUGCUCAAGCUGUCGUCUAACUUUAACAUGACCAGGUCUGAGAGCCUAACAAAACUCUUGGUGUGUGUGAAAGAAGUGAGAAGUCAAACCUACUGACCUCCUGCUAUGUACCUGAAGGACCAGAAGAUGGCAAUAUUUUACUGCAGAUAACCACAAAAGCCACAUUAUAAACAUUCAGAUUGCAUUUUGUAUGCUGUAACACACAUGUAAAUGGAUAAGCUAUUGCUCUGUCACUUGUGUUGUAGCCUACUUUCUAGUUAGGGCUGGACAAUAUAUUGAUAUUAUAUCUAUCAUGAUAUGAGACUAUAUCUUCUUAGAUUUUGGUUUUCGUAAUAUCACAAGUGUCGUCUUUUCCGGAUUUUUAAGGCUGCAUUACAGUAAAGUGAUGUAAUUUUCUGAACUUACAGACUAUUAAAGCUAAAUUAUUUUUCUUACCCACUUAGUCAUCAUAUCCACAUUACUGAUGAUUAUUCAUCAAACAGAUCAUUGUGUAAAUGCUGUGAAUUCACCAAAAGUCAACCUUAUCAUUGCAAUGAUAGUCAACAAGCAGAUACACCGCACACGAGAGGACUGAAUUGCCUCUUCUUUUAAUGUAUUUUUCAUUUGAAAUGACAUUUCCUACCUUUUUUUUUCUGACAUUUGCUGGUGUUUCCUGCCAUCACUGCAUGAACUUGUAAGGACUGCAUGGGACGUGUACUUUUGAAUGAGUUCACCUGUCAUUGCAAUAUCAUUAUCAAGGUAUCUGUUCAAAAAUAUUGUGAUAUUUAAAUUUUUCCAUUUCACGUAGCCCUUAUUCUCUUUGGGAUUAACUUUUUUUCUGAAAACCAAUUUAGAUAUGAUGGUUCUUUUGAGGAAGCUGAUGAUAUUUUAUCCCGGUAUUUAAUAUUUUCAUGCCAAAGAAAAUUAAAAAAAAAAAAAAAGACAAUGUCAGUUUCUGAUGAUUUAAACAUGGAUGAGUAUUUCAUAAAAAUAUGUUCGUUGUUUUUUACGAGCCUUUUUCAAAGCAGAUAUUUUGACAUGUCAAAGUAAGAAAAAUACAGCUGUAAUUAAUAACAUGAAUUUAACCUGGGUUUCUGGGAUACUUAAAUGGAACAGAGCCACCCUUAACAGUUUCAGUUUCUCCUGUGCUUAUCCAGGUAUGGCAAGUCCAAGCGUCCUCUGUGACAGAGACCUACAGUAGGUAAACUAGUGACACCUUUUGGCCUGAAGUCCAUUGUUGAUUAAUUACAGUUUAACAAUUGGGAAAUCCUGCUGCAGUUAUGAGCACCAGACUUUAGUGGAUCUCUGUCCAACUUUGAUGUUCAUGUAUAGUAACAUUUAAAAUAUGUUUUGUGAAGCUCAAGAAAGCCACUGGAUGGCGACAAAGGUCUUUUGAGAAGGCAGCCUGAAGCCUUCAGUUGGAACUUUUCAUUCAUUAGGACUACAUCGUUUGGUGGAUAUGAUAUAGGAUAGUCUAGAUAGAAACACUGGUUAUUAAUGACUCUAACAUGGAGCCAGAGUCCUCAAGUCACAUAUGUAAACACAUAAAUUACUCUCAUUAAUGGAUGCUGAAUAUGAAGUUGUGAGGAAGUGACUCCUCUGAGGCACUCCAGGCUGCCUGCUUAGAACAACCUGUAACACUGUGGACGUUUUUCUGAGGCUUAUUUGUUGGAAAACCUUCCAAUUAGAGGUGACCUCUGUCUGGCAGCCUGUCAGCCACACAGACACUCAAUUAGGGGACAUGUCACAAUUCAAGCAAGUCACAUAUUGUUUUCAGCAGUCAGACUAGUCAGCAUCAACAACUUUACAUCAAGGAGCUCAUUUAUAUUGCUGGUGAGGGGCAAACAAUGGGAUCUGUUUAGAAUGGAAACCAGUAAAGAACAGGUAUUGCUGUAAGUGCUGUAAGAAAAGUGAGUAAAAGUCAGUCUUUUUUAAAAAAAAAAAAAAA